ACAGGACUGACAACUGGCACACAGUCAGGUGUUGGUCCAUAGUGUGUCUGCGGGCCACAGGGUGAGUGUGAGUUUGACAUGCAAACACCAGGCAGAGAUUUUAACCAUCAAAGUGAUCACAACUUCUCAGUAGACAUGGUGGACACCCAGCAGCUCCUAGCCUGGCCUGUCGGUUUUAGUCUGAACGCCGUGGACUUGUCAGAGCUGGACGACAGCUCCCACUCCCUCGACAUGAAGCAUUUGUCCACGUUGGACUACGCCUCCAUCUCCUCCUCCUCCAUCCCGUCCUCCUUGUCUCCCUCGCUUGUAUCCUGCAUCUCCCCUGCCGGUGUGGCCUAUGACCCCAGCCCAACGCAGAGCGAAGAACACCUGACCAACAUGGACUACACAAACAUGCACAGCUACAGGACGGAGCAGGACAUGCACAACUCGAUCAAGCUGGAGCCGGAGUCACCUCCACAGUUUUCUGACUGUCCCGUGUUCUCCAAGCACCAGGACGAUACGUCAGCGACAGCACUGAACAUCGAGUGUCGCGUGUGUGGAGACAAAGCCUCUGGGUUUCACUACGGUGUCCAUGCCUGUGAGGGCUGUAAGGGUUUCUUCAGACGCACAAUCAGGUUAAAGUUGGUGUACGAUCACUGCGAUCUUCACUGUCGCAUUCACAAGAAGUCCCGCAACAAAUGCCAAUACUGCCGCUUCCAGAAGUGCCUCAAUGUAGGCAUGUCACACAACGCCAUUCGUUUUGGCCGGAUGCCCCAGGCAGAGAAGGAGAAACUGCUGGCUGAGUUCUCGUCUGACAUGGAGCACAUGCACCCGGAGGCAGCAGAUCUAAGGGCUCUGUCCCGGCAUCUGUACGAGGCCUAUCUGAAAUACUUCCCCCUCACCAAGGCCAAGGCCAGGGCCAUCCUCUCUGGGAAGACCGGAGAUAAUGCACCAUUUGUCAUCCAUGACAUGAAGUCUCUAAUGGAAGGAGAGCAGUUUAUUAAUUGUAAGCAGAUACCCACCCAGGAGCACCAGCCGCAGACGUCUGCCCUAUCAGUCGGACAUGGAGGUCUCAUGGGAGCUCACCUGGGGUCAGAGUGUAACAUUUUGGAUGCUGUGGAGCUGCGUUUCUUCCAUAGCUGUCAGUCACGUUCGGCUGAAGCAGUGAGAGAAGUGACAGAGUUCGCCAAGAGUAUACCAGGAUUCAUCAACCUGGAUCUAAAUGAUCAGGUAACUUUGCUGAAGUAUGGUGUGAUUGAGGUCUUAAUUAUCAUGAUGGCGCCUCUGAUGAACAAAGACGGAACCCUCAUCGCCUACGGACAGAUCUUCAUGACGCGGGAGUUCCUCAAGAGUCUCAGGAAACCCUUUUGUCAAAUGAUGGAACCAAAGUUUGAGUUCUCAGUCAAGUUCAAUACGCUGGAACUGGACGACAGCGACAUGGCGCUGUUUCUGGCUGUCAUUAUCCUUAGCGGGGACCGUCCAGGCCUACUGAACGUGAAGCCCAUUGAACAGCUUCAGGAGACGGUUCUUCAUGCGCUGGAGCUGCAGCUGAAACUAAACCACCCAGACUCUCUGCAACUGUUUGCCAAGCUGCUACAGAAAAUGACCGACCUGCGUCAGAUCGUCACCGACCACGUCCACCUCAUCCAGCUGCUGAAGAAGACGGAGGUGGACAUGUGCUUACACCCACUGCUGCAGGAGAUCAUGAAGGACUUGUAUUAGAACUUAACAGGAGAAAAGGACAAGUAAAGAAAAGUUGAAAGAGAGAAUAAAGAGAUUUUAUUUUUGAAAUCAUGACUUUGAAAAUUAGAAAAGUAAGCACUUUGUGCUGCGGUUGUGUGGAAAAAAAAGGGAGGUAGCCAGACAGGCUGACUGAAAAUGAGAAAGAGAUGGGGAGGAACAGGAAAAGAGAAAUCAAGGAAAGAAAGACAGAAUGUGAGUGUUAGAUCUUGUCUAGACAGCAGCAUGUGAAUAACUUGUGAUGCACAGUCAUUAAGCCACUGCUGAGGCUGGCCAUUUUGUGAAUGAGUAGGCUGCCACUUAAUAUGAAACUACCACCUAUGGCACCAAUCAGCACGAGUGUCUAUGACUAACUGAAAGAGAGGGGACUUUCUUAUUGGCAAGAUGAAGCUUAAAAUCGUGAGCGCUCAACACAGUGAGCUUCAUGUGCCAUGAGGAGAAAUAUAUUACUGUGAAUAUUUUACGCCAUGUGUCUCACAGUACAGUAUGUGUUGUUCAUGUGCAGCUUAUCUACACGUUGCGUUACAACCGUCAUAGGCAGCAGCAUAUCUUUGUGAACACGCACAAAUGCAUGAAUACACAACACACACACACACACACCACACACACACACAACAAUGAACAUUUUCUGUUUUGGCAUCAGGGUGAAGGUGCUAUCUCUUUUUAAUCAGCUUUAGCCAAAGUCAGAAAUCAGAUUAUUGCCUGUAGCAUAUUUUAGUGUCAGUCACCUGCAGAAACUGUGAGAAAGUGUGAAGCCAGCAAAAGGCACAUUACCAUGAAGAUGUCAGCUCUUUGUUGAAAAUGAAACAGUAUAUGCCAUAUUGUGCCUUUAAGAGCUGAUAUUUUUUUUUUUUGUGGAAUUAAUGCCAUUUAAAAAACCUUAAAUAUAUUACACAUGUAUAAUAUAUAUUCAUAUAUAUUAUUUUUAUAUGGAUAUAUGGCUUUCAGCCUUAGUUUUAUUUCAAAUUCUUAAAAAGUAGCUGCAUUUUACUAUGAAAUUAUUGUGUAUAUAUGCAAAGUGUGAUCUGUCUGAUCAAUCAGAUGGGGGUUUUGGGAGGGCACGGGGGCGUCUGUCAAA